CGGAAGCCGACUGGACACUUUGUCGUAGAGGAAGUGUUUAUUUUGUCGACUUUGGGGGAGAAACUGCUGAAUUGAACCCGCUUGAGGUUUUUUGGAGAACGUUGGAGAGUCCGCUGAAUUUUCAGAGGAGCGCAGCUCAUCUAGCGGCAGCAAGUUUAUGUCUUUAUUUAAUUUUAAUGUGGUGAUCUGGCAUUGUCAAUUAAAUGUAGUUUGUCAGUGUGUCACGCUUUUGUACAUUUUAUUGUGCAUGACCGUGCGCCGUAGCCUACUUAAGCAUCUGACAGAUUUCUCUCCGUAUCAGUUCUGCUAGCCAAUUUCUGCAAUGAAGUCCAGCCGUUGCCGACGGAUCUUUGUGUUCUGCUUAUUUAUUUUCUGCAGCUGAAUAAUUGCUAAGCUAUAACAGCCAUGCCCGAGCCUCUAUUGUCUCAUUACAGGAUGGAAUGCAAGUUUUGCGUUGCACUGCGCCACACUAUUCGGUUUUAUACAUGCCCGGCGUUGCUCGUUGGCUGUUAGCGUUUGCUCUUUUUAAUUUGACAUUAAACGCACCAGGAGAGCAAUGCGUGAGUAUAAAGUCGUGGUCCUCGGGAGCGGUGGAGUCGGGAAGUCCGCUCUGACGGUACAGUUUGUCACCGGAACAUUCAUCGAGAAGUACGACCCGACAAUCGAGGAUUUUUACCGCAAGGAGAUAGAGGUGGAUUCCUCCCCCUCUGUGCUGGAGAUCCUUGACACAGCUGGAACGGAGCAGUUUGCCUCUAUGCGGGACCUCUACAUCAAAAACGGCCAGGGCUUCAUACUAGUAUACAGCCUUGUCAACCAGCAGAGCUUCCAAGACAUCAAGCCAAUGAGAGAUCAAAUAAUCAGAGUGAAAAGGUAUGAGAGAGUGCCGGUGAUCCUGGUGGGGAACAAGGUGGACCUGGACAACGAGCGGGAGGUGUCGUCCAGCGAGGGCCAGGCGCUGGCCGAGGAGUGGGGCUGCCCCUUCAUGGAGACCUCGGCCAAAAGCAAGACCAUGGUGGACGAACUGUUUGCCGAGAUUGUCAGGCAGAUGGACUACGCCUCUCUGCCGGACAAGGAGGACCCUUGCUGUUCUUCCUGCAAUAUACAAUAGCUCUCCUCCCCUCAUCUGCAGGGUCAAAGGUUAUGCUGAUAAGUGUGGAGGAGAGGGUGACCAUUUUUUUGAAUCACCAUUAAAGAAAUCACAUUCCAUCAAAUGACACAAGACAAGACAAGAGGGUUGCAAUUGCCUUGCCAUCUCAACAAAGAUGGGGAUAGAGAGAGAGAGAGAGAGAGAGAGAGAGAGAGAGAGAGAGAGAGAGAGAGAGAGAGUGAGAGGGAGAGAGAGAAAGAGAGAGCGAGCAGGAAUUGCUGUUGGUUGUCACUUGCAAAGUUUACCCCAUAGAUGCACGUCAGCCACAGCAAAAGUUCCUUCUGAUUUCUCACCCUUUCAUUUUGAUGUUUGAAAUUAAGCGAAGCGGUCAAAGCAAAUAACGUACAUGAAUUGGGUCAAUAAUAUGCCUGAUCAUGAGACCAUUCUUUUCUCCUGCUCCUGUUGGUUUUGCCACUUGGCCUAUAAAUUGAUUAGUAUCAUCCAGUGUUAAUCACAGAAACUUUGUCUUGUGCCAUUCGAGCCCUUGUGAGGUUGACGUCCAGUGCGGUCACCCGAGUGACCUCUUAGGGAUUGUGAAGUCCAGUCUUAUCCAAAAGGUUGGUGAGUGACAGAGUGGUUUUGAGUGCUGGGUGUCACCAAGGAGGACCAUUCAAGGCCCGAUAAAGUGCUCAGGGGCAUUUGCUAAAACUCAUCAGGGAAUCAAGCCGAAUGCUGGAAUGAGCUUGAUUAGACACAAUCAAAAAAAAAGUCAAAAUGGACUUCGAGAUCUAAACCUGUGGAGGUAUAUUGGGGUGGUUGCAAUCCCGAGUAGAGCCAUUGUUCUAUCCAAAUGUUGAGAAUGUGAAACAUUAUCUUUUCCUUUCCUCACUUGUGUUGAACCGGAAUAAGUGAAUAGUGAAAAAGAAAGACAUGCCCUCUUUACAUUUUCUAAAGAGUGUCGAUGGAAGUUGAAUCCAAUUUGUUUUAGAGGUGAAUGUUUCGUUUUGAUCACUGUUUUGCUAUUUGAUAUCAAUAGUGUAAGACAUGUUUCAAAAAUAGUUACAUUCAAAAUGGCAACUCAAGAACACUCCGCCUGUGUGUGUUUCUCCUGGUUUUACCAUGACAAAUCAGAAUAAUGCAAGAUGAAUUGUAUUGAUUAAAUAGAACACAGUUGUGUAUAUUUUUUAUGGAAAAUGUUAAAUGUAAGUGGAUUUAUCAAAUAAUGUGCAUGGCUAAUGUGGAAAUCACAUUGUUUUCUGUUCAGGUUUGUUUUGUUUUAUAUCGUAGGUGUCCAUAGGGAUUACAUAAUAUGGAUUAUUCCAGCGGAUCUACACUUUGGACUCCGAUGUUGAGGCCUGCGUCUACAUUGCCAUGUGGAUAUAUGGUUGCCUUUUAACUCACACCAUUGUUAUCAUUUGGUUUAUUUUGUAUUUUUAUGCAAAGAUUUAUUAUCAUCACCUAGGAAAAUAUUUGUUUUAACAACACAAUAAAAACAUCCUCAAUUCCACUCUA